AUGCCGCGAAAGACUGUUUAUCUGCCCACGAAGGACUAUGAACUUCCAAGCCUCGACCUGCUGACGCUGAUCUAUGAGUCUCCAGAGGCUUGGAGCAAAGAGUCGACUAUUGUCCACGCUGAAGCGGCUCUGCCCUCCAACAAUGUUACGAAAGCCCAGGCACGGGACUAUACCAAGAGAAUCGCCUAUCACUUCAGACAUACGUACGGAAUAGGCGCCGACGGACCCGGUAAGGAUGUGGUGGUUUGCAUCUCGUCAGGUCAGAUCCUCCUCUCCGACAUCUUCUAUGGCGUCAUUGCAGCUGGAGGCGUCUACUCGGCAGCAAGCUCGAGCUUCACUCCCCUGGAGCUGGCGAGACAAAUCAAGCAGGGCAAAAGUCUAUUGAUCGUGGCCAGUCCGGACUGCACAAAUGUCGCGGUCAAGGCGGCACAGAAGUGCGGAGUUCCUCUAGAUAGAGUCCUGGUGCUGGAUAGCAUGGGCGGUAACAGGAGCAUCCAGGAUGUCCUGGGCAAGGGCCAGAAUCUCAUCGAAGGCGACGGCAAGCUGAACGAAAGGUUGGAUUGGGAAGUCAUCACGGACAAGGAAGUCUUGUCGAACAGGGUGAUCUGUCUACUCUACAGCAGUGGCACCACCGGUGCCCCGAAAGGAGUCAAUCUGUCACACCAGAAUCUUGUGUCUGAAGGCCUGAUCCCGCAAUAUAUGGUGCGAGAAUUCUUCAAUCGCCAACGCCGUCGUGACCCAACAUACCAAUUCGAGUACCGAACCCUGGCCCAUCUCCCUGCCGCGCAUAUCGCAGGCUGCCAGGGCUAUCUUGUCAAUCCAGCCAUCGCGGGCGGGACGGUGUACUGGAUGCCCCGAUUCGACUUCGCCAAGUUCCUCGAGUACAACAAAACGUUCCAGAUCACGACAUUCUUCACCGUGCCGCCGAUCUACCUGCUGAUCGCAAAGAGUCCGCUCGUGACCGACCAAUUCCGCACACUGACCCACGCGAUCACGGGCGCGGCACCGAUGGGGCCGGAGCUGAUGGCACUCGCUGAACAGAAGCUCGGCUGCAGCAUCAGCCAGACAUGGGGCCUGAGCGAGACGACGGGCAGUGUGACGGCGAUGCCGUGGGACCGGCACGACAAGACGGGAUCGGUGUCGCCCCUGUUGCCGAACACGAGGAUGCGUGUCGUCGAUGACGAUGAGGUGGACGUCGAGGAAGGCACGGAAGGCGAGUUCAUCAUGCAAGGACCUAUGGUCACCAAGGGGUAUUGGGACAAUGAGAUGGCGACCCGUGACAGUUUCACCAGGGACGGGUUGUGGUUCAAGGCAGGCGAUGUCGGCGUUGUCAGAGACGGCAUGUUCUACGUCGUCGAUCGGAAGAAGGAACUCAUAAAAUACAAAGGCCUACAAGUGGCUCCCGCAGAGCUCGAGGCUCUGCUACUCUCCCACGAUCUGAUCCUCGACGCGGCCGUCAUCGGCGUCUCUGACCCGUCCGGGUCCGGCAAUGAAUUACCCCGUGCCUAUGUCGUGGCCGACCGCUCCAAGAUAUCGGCCGAGCAGAUCAAAGACCAUGUCAAGCAAAACUUGGCGCAGCAUAAACAGUUGCGUGGCGGUGUCGUGUUUCUUGACGCCAUUCCCAAGUCGCCGUCAGGCAAGAUCUUGAGGAGAGAACUCAGGGAGCUGGCCAGCAAAGAGAGACACGCAAGGCAGGGGGCCAGGCUGUGA